AUGCCUACUGUUCACCUGUUGGACUAUGUCGCCGGCAACAUCAGGAGCCUGGUAAAUGCCAUUGAGAAGUCUGGCUACGAAGUAGAAUGGGUCAGAUCACCGGAAGACGUCCCAAAGGCAGAGAAACUCAUCCUCCCCGGUGUCGGCCAUUUUGGUCAUUGUCUAUCACAACUGUCCCAAGCUGGCUAUCUUGAGCCAGUUCGAAAGCACAUUUCUGAUGGAAAGCCAUUCUUCGCUGUAUGUGUCGGCUUACAAGCCCUAUUUGAGGGUUCUGUAGAGGACCCCAACAUCCCCGGCCUCGGAGUCGUUCCUGCUUCCUUGGAUCGUUUCGAAGACUCCAGUAAAUCCGUCCCCCACAUCGGGUGGAACAAUGCUUUUACAGCUGGACGAGCCAUGUACGAUCUUCAACCAGACUCAAAGUACUACUAUGUUCACUCUUACAAGUGCCCCUACAAGCCGGGCGAGCUCGAGUCCCAGGGGUGGACUGUCGCUACUGGAACCUAUGGUACUGAGACUUUCGUAGGCGCCAUUGCGAAGGGUAACAUUUUUGCAACCCAGUUUCACCCCGAAAAGUCUGGCACUGCAGGUUUGAAAACUAUCCGGGCUUUCCUCACAGGUGAAGGCGCAAAGAAUCUUGGUACCGUGGUUGACGAGGCUGUCGCCAAUGCCCCCAUCAGGUUCGAGGACAGCUUAACACGGCGAGUCAUUGCCUGCCUAGAUGUGAGGACAAAUGACCAGGGUGACUUGGUCGUUACAAAGGGUGAUCAGUACGAUGUUCGCGAGAAGGGUGAUGACCGCAACGUGCGAAACCUCGGCAAGCCUGUCGAGAUGGCUAAGAAAUACUACGAAUCCGGUGCUGACGAGGUGACUUUCCUUAACAUCACUUCUUUCCGAGACUGCCCCGUUGCCGAUCUCCCUAUGCUCGAGAUUCUUCGUCAAACGUCUCGAAGCGUCUUUGUGCCCUUGACUAUCGGUGGUGGUAUUCGUGACACCAUGGAUACUGACGGCACAAAGGUGUCAGCCCUUGAGAUCGCGAGCAUGUAUUUCAAGUCUGGCGCUGACAAGGUCUCAAUCGGUUCCGACGCUGUUCUUGCUGCUGAAGAGUACUACUCUAUAGGCCGCAAGCUCUUCGGCAAUACUGCCAUUGAACAGAUCUCACGCGCCUAUGGCAACCAAGCCGUCGUUGUGAGCGUUGAUCCCAAGCGUGUCUAUGUUCCCAAGCCUGAUGCAACCCGUCACAACAUCAUAAAGACACAGUUCCCUGGUCCUAAGGGCGAGGAAUACUGUUGGUACGCUUGCACAAUCAAGGGUGGUCGUGAGACUCGUGACAUAGAUGUUGUCGAGCUUGCCCAAGCCGUUGAAGCAAUGGGAGCCGGAGAGAUCCUUCUCAACUGCAUUGACAAGGACGGUACCAAUAGUGGGUUUGACCACGAGCUCAUCAACCAGGUAAAGGGAGCUAUCAAGAUCCCCGUCAUUGCCUCAAGCGGUGCUGGCAACCCGGCUCAUUUCGAGGAAGUCUUUGAGAAGACUACUACGGAUGCUGCUUUGGGGGCCGGUAUGUUCCACCGUGGCGAGUACACCGUUAAACAGGUAAAGGACUAUUUGAAGGAAAGGGGUCUCAAAGUUAGACAAUUUGAGGAAUGA